CGGUCCAUCGCCUUAUCUCGACCACAUUGCUGACACGACACACAUACAUCCCCCCCCUCAAAUUCCACACGAUCUAGUCUGAUAAUAAGAGAUACAAUAACGAAAACAACAUGGAUUACCAGAACCGCGCGGGCUCCAAAUUCGGCGGCGGCGGCGUAGCCUCCCACUCCGCCACCAACGCCGACCGUCGCGAGCGUCUGCGCAAGCUCGCCCUUGAGACUAUCGAUCUCGACAAGGACCCUUACAUCUUCCGUAACCAUCUCGGCUCCUUCGAAUGCCGUCUGUGUUUGACGGUGCACCAAAACGACGGCUCCUACCUCGCCCACACCCAAGGCAAGAAGCAUCAAACAAACCUCGCUCGCCGUGCCGCCCGCGAGCAAAAGGAAGGCAAAGGCGAAGUCGACCCACAGACGGGUCUCCCCGUCGGCGUCGUCGGCGCGGGUUUCGCCGCUUUGGGACUGGGCGCCGGCGGCGUGCGCAAGAACGUGGUCAAGAUUGGUCGCCCCGGAUACAAGAUCACGAAAGUGCGCGACCCCAUCACCCGCCAGCAGGGAUUACUGUUCCAGCUGCAGUACCCGGAUAUCGCCCCGGGCGUCACACCCAAGUGGCAGGUCAUGAGCGCCUUUAGCCAAAGGGUCGAGGAACCGGACAGGAACUACCAGUACCUCCUGGUCGCCGCGGAGCCGUACGAGACGUGUGGGUUCAAGAUCCCGGCGCGCGAGUUGGAUAAGCGCGAGGAUAAGCAGUUUGAGUUUUGGGACCCAGAUAGCAAGGAGUACUGGGUGCAGAUCAUGUUCAUGACCGAGCGCGAGGAGCGCUUCAAUGCGGCGCCUGGGUUGACGGGGAGGAGGUGA